GUGGCGGGCGGAAACGCGAGACCGGAAGACUGGACGCUCUAGGACAGGCAUUCGCUGGCUGGGGAAUUCUGGGAGUUGAAGUCCGGACAUCUUCAAGUUGCCAAGGUUGAGAAACUGCUCUAGGAGCACGGCGCGGUCUCCAUAGCCAGGCGGAAGCUCCCCGCCCGUCACUUCCGGCCUGCAGGUGUGCCUCGCCAGGCGGUCCAGCUUCAGGCAUGGCAUUGCUGUCCACCGUCCACCUGGGCCUUCCCCCUCCCGGCUGCCCGCAUCGCUUGGCCCUCGUCUCCGGGCCCUACCACUACCACCACUACGGCUGCGACGGGGUGGACGACCGGGGGUGGGGAUGCGGCUACCGUACCCUCCAGACGAUGUGCUCCUGGCUGUUGGCCGCCGGGGGAGAAGGAGGAGCCGCCCGCCGCCCGGUUCCGUCCCUGAAGGAGAUCCAGGACUCCCUGGUGAAGAUGGGCGACAAGCCUCCCUCGUUCUCAGGCUCGCGCGACUGGAUCGGCACCGUGGAAGCCGCGCUCUGCAUGGAUCGUUUUUACGAGGUGCCGGGGAAACUGCUCCACAUCCGACUCGGGAAAGAUCUGGAAGGGGAGCUGGAGACGCUGUAUGCCCACUUUCAGGGGGGUGGCGGCCCCGUGAUGAUGGGGGGAGGCCGGGACCAUUCCUCCAAGGGGCUGCUGGGGGUCUGCUCCGGCCCCGAGGGGCACCACCUGCUCGUCCUGGAUCCACACUUCUACGGCAGGGCCGGCUCGCUCAGCCGGCAGGAAGCCCAGGGGAAGGGUUGGGUUUCCUGGCGGGGGCUCGGCUCCUUUGAGGAGACUUCCUUCUACAACCUGUGUUUGCCCCAGUUCUGGGCCAGGCGCCCCCCCGUGUGAAAGAGGCGUCCCCACGGAAGACGAGGGGAACCCUUCGUGCCCGGCGCUUUCAGCCACUUCCCGGGGACGGGCUGUGGAUGGGCGUCCCAUGCUGGGGGCCUCGACACGGGAGGAAAGGCCCCAGCGGCAACUCCGGCAUCAACCAGGACGGGCUCCAGCCCUAGGGAGCCCCUCCGGGUGGCUUCCCUGCCUACGCCCGGCAGCUUCAAGGCCAAUAAAGACAGCCACGUUCUGGAGCAGCUACUACGUCUGGGUGCCUUCCUAUUGCUGGACUGGCAGAGUGUUGCUGGGGCUGGCUUGAAGCGGCCUUCCCUCCCUGGCCAGAACACCAAACCAGAGGACUAAACUGGGUUUCUUUUAACCUGACCGGGAUUUGAGGAGAGUCCGUGCUGUGUGGAAGUGGCUGGUUUGGUUACUUGGUGCUUUUAAGUGCGGGAGCUGCCCUCCCAGGGGGCCUCUCCCGAGAGGAGCUUGCUUGUGGCUAAAGCAAAACUUGGGCCGUUUUAAGCCUUGUGGGCUUCAACUCCCAGAAUUCCCCAGCCCGGAAAGGUUUACCAGAAUACCAGCAUGGAUAGGACAAGGAGAAAUGUGGCUACGCUUCCUAUAUUGCACUUUUAAGAGAUGGUGGGAAUGCAGUAAACAUAAUAUAUCUUCAGCAAAGGUAACUUUCUUUAAGAGAUGGUGGGAAUACAGUAAACAUAAUAUAUCUUCAGCAAAGGUAACUUUCUUUAAGAGAUGGUGGGAAUGCAGUAAACAUAAUAUAUCUUCAGCAAAGGUAACUUUCUUUAAGAGAUGGUGGGAAUGCAGUAAACAUAAUAUAUCUUCAGCAAAGGUAACUUUCUUUAAGAGAUGGUGGGAAUGCAGUAAACAUAAUAUAUCUUCAGCAAAGUAGGGAAGAAAGAGCUGGCUGGGGAAUUCUGGGAGUCAGAGUCCAAAAGUCUUUAAAAUUUGCCAAAUUUGGAGACCCCCCUGCAUUAGAGAAAGGGGUGUGGCUUCAGAGGGAGAGGAAAAACGGGGGGGGGGGGUGGUUCCUGAAGGAAAGAUCAGCCAAGGUGGCUCUUAACAAUGAAAACUUCCCUAAGUUUAGAAAAUCAGUGAGGAAACGUUACGGUUACUAAAAAGUGAAGUUGUUCUUGGA